GCGUAGCACACUUCCGGUCAGCUGAUUCAUCUUCUCCUCCUGCGCGAGCGUUCUCACUGUCACCGCAGGGCUGUUCGACUUAAAUUGUUUAUUAUUUUAUUGUUUGUUUGUUUGUUUUUUUUUAGCAGAUUUUUAUUUUUAUUUGUACACGUUUUAAAGUUUUUACAAACAGGACGACAGCCAUGGCGCUCAGUGAUGCCGACGUUCAAAAACAGAUCAAACACAUGAUGGCCUUCAUCGAGCAGGAGGCCAGCGAGAAGGCAGAGGAAAUCGAAGCAAAGGCCGAGGAAGAGUUUAACAUCGAGAAGGGCCGACUCGUGCAGACACAGAGGCUGAAGAUAAUGGAGUACUACGAGAAGAAAGAGAAGCAGAUCGAGCAGCAGAAGAAAAUUCAGAUGUCCAACCUAAUGAAUCAGGCCCGGCUGAAGGUGCUGAAGGCUCGGGACGACAUGAUCCUGGAUCUUCUAAACGAUGCCCGUAAGCAGUUAUCUGGCAUCGCUAAGGACCCGACUCAGUAUCAAACUCUGUUAGAGGGCCUUGUGCUGCAGGGCUUUUAUCAGCUGCUGGAGCCGAAGGUGACGAUCCGCUGCCGUAAGGAGGAUGUGACCAUGGUAGAGGCUGCUGUGAAGAAAAAUAUCCCCAUCUACAAAGAAAGUGUGAAGAGUAGCAUUGAAGUCCGCAUCGACAAGGACAACUUCCUUUCCUCUGAUAUCUCCGGAGGUGUAGAGGUGUAUAACGCAAACGGCAAGAUCAAGGUGGCGAACACUUUGGAGAGCAGGCUGGAUCUCCUGGCUCAGCAGAUGAUGCCUGAAAUCCGAGUGGCUCUAUUCGGCGCCAACCCGAACCGCAAGUUUAUGGACUAACACCACCUUCGAACAAAGAAUGAGAAACGAAUUUGCCUUAACCUCAACAUUGACUGUCUUUGAAUUUUUAUGCAAGGUGUGUAAGGGCUCGCUGUUUUGUCUUCUUCACCUGUAAAAGUGGUCCAGGGUUUCCUUCCUUUUACCACAGGACUGAGUGGAAAAGUGUACUGAAGCGAGUUUAGAUCAUUAACAGGAUGUGCUUCACCGUGAGCCUGCCUUAAAUAUACCUCUGUGAAGGUACAGUGUGAUCUGUGAACUCGUGGAUAAUAAGGAGCUCUCAUUUUUUUUACUGUAAACGAUCACUGUCUCGAUAUGUCUCCUUUCUUUUGGACGUUCUUAAUUAAACUGAGCAACAACUUUC